AUGGGUGGUAAAGGGGAGGGAGUAUGGAUCAUGCAUGUGCAUUAACUCAGCUCCAGCGGCGCAGCAGCAGCAGCAGCCGCAGCAGCAGCAGCAGCACCAGCAGCAGCAGCAGCACAGGAGGCAACGAGAGAGAGGAAGGCAUAGGCGGAGAGUUGGAGGGAGGCUGCUUAGAAUAAAAGCUGCAGAGGACUGCUGCACAUCACUAAAAGAACAAUAGAGGUGUAAGAGAGGAGGGAGCUGGGGGGUGGCCAUGAGUGGAGUGAGACAAUAACGGAGUAGAAGAGGCAUCCUUUAGUCAGUGAGGACUGAAACCGAGGCUCCUGUCUUGUCUGCUCUCCAUGUUUUUGGGCACCCACCGUACCAUUGCCCUCGUCUCCAAAGCCAGGGGAGAAUGUCGGGGAAGAAGGAAUUUGAUGUGAAGCAGAUCCUCAGGCUCCGCUGGCGCUGGUUCAGCCACUCGUCCCAAGGUUCGGCAGGAAGCGGUGGUGUCGGCGGGAUAGGAGGUUACAUUCAGCAGGAUGGCACCGACCACAGGGGGACCCCGGUCCAGGGCCGGCUCAAGAGCCAUUCCCGGGAAAGGGGUGGAGGAGGACUUAGGAAGUCAAGCAGCCCGGCCCACAGUAUCCUGGCGCCGACGCCGGGACCCACUCCCAUCAGUGUCAGAGCGGGUCAGCAUUCAUGGCAGCAACAACAGCAACACACCGUGCCGGGCCUUCAAGUCAAUGAGGACACAUCCAAGAGGGCUUCCUCACCCAGCACCACCAGGAAGGAGGACCCCAACACGGGCAAAGAAGAUGUAAAGAGCAGCAAGGAAGAACCUGCAGAGAUGGAGGCCAGAGAGAGGUUAGCUCUGAGUACCUUCACCAGAAUGAACACCAACUCCUCUGACGAAUUCUUCCAGGCCACAAAUCACGCCGAGCAGACCUUCCGCAAGAUGGAGAGCUACCUGCAGCAUAAGCAACUCUGUGAUGUGCUCCUAAUAGCAGGCGAUCACAAGAUACCAGCUCACAGACUGGUUCUGAGCGCCGUCUCUGACUACUUUGCUGCAAUGUUCACAAGCGAUGUGAGGGAGGCCAAACAGGAGGAGAUCAAGAUGGAGGGGGUGGAUCCGGAUGCCCUCACCUCCCUAGUUCAAUUUGCCUACACUGGUGUCCUUGAGUUGAAAGAGGAGACCAUUGAGAGUUUAUUGGCGGCAGCUUGCCUCUUGCAGCUCUCACAAGUCAUCCAGGUUUGCUGCAACUUCCUGAUGAAGCAGCUCCAUCCCUCCAACUGCCUGGGUAUACGCUCCUUUGCCGACGCGCAGGGCUGCAUGGACCUUCUUAACGUGGCUCACAACUACACCAUGGAAAACUUUCUGGAGGUCAUUCAGAACCAGGAGUUUCUUCUGCUACCCACAACUGAGAUAGUUAAGCUGCUGUCCAGUGAUGACAUCAACGUGCCUGAUGAGGAGACCAUCUUCCAGGCCUUGAUGAUGUGGGUGAGAUACGACGUCCAGCAUCGACAACAGGACCUCGGAGUCCUUCUGUCUUACAUUCGCCUGCCUCUUCUUCCUGCACAGCUUAUUGCUGAUCUGGAAAACAACAAGAUGUUCUCUGAUGAUCUGGAAUGCCAAAAACUGUUGAUGGAGGCCAUGAAGUAUCAUCUUCUGCCUGAGCGCCGUCCCAUGUUUCAGAGCCCAAGAACCAAACCCAGAAAGUCCACAGUGGGGGCACUUUAUGCCGUUGGUGGGAUGGAUGCUACCAAGGGUUCAACCACCAUCGAGAAGUAUGACCUGCGCACCAACACUUGGGUCCCACUUGGAGUUAUGAACGGACGCCGGCUGCAGUUUGGUGUGGCUGUUAUAGAAAACAAGCUGUAUGUAGUUGGUGGAAGAGAUGGGCUCAAGACCUCCAACAUGGUGGAGUGUUACAAUCCAGUCAACAAAGUGUGGUCAACCAUGCCCCCCAUGUCAACACACCGACAUGGACUAGGUAUUGCUGUGCUGGAGGGCCCCAUGUAUGCUGUAGGCGGUCAUGAUGGUUGGAGCUAUCUCAACACAGUGGAGCGUUGGGACCCGCAGGCCCGACAAUGGAACUAUGUUGCCAGUAUGUCGACACCACGGAGCACCAUGGGAGUCACCGCACUCAAUGGGAAAUUGUUUGCAGUGGGUGGCCGGGAUGGCAGCUCAUGUCUGAGAUCUAUGGAAUGCUUCGACCCUCACACCAACAAGUGGAGCAUGUGCGCCCCGAUGACCAAGAGGCGAGGGGGAGUGGGUGUGGCCACCUACAAUAAUUUUCUCUAUGCCGUGGGCGGACACGACGCCCCGGCCUCCAACCACUGUUCCCGACUCUCGGACUGUGUUGAGAGGUAUGACCCCAAGACAGACACGUGGACAACUGUGUCCUCUCUCAGUGUUCCUCGAGAUGCAGUGGGCGUCUGCCUGCUGGGUGACAGGCUGUACGCUGUGGGCGGAUAUGAUGGGCAAGCGUACCUUAACACUGUUGAGUCAUACGAUGCGCAGAACAAUGACUGGACCGAGGAGGUCCCUCUAAACAUUGGCAGGGCAGGUGCUUGUGUGGUGGUGGUGAAACUGCCUUGAGCGCUAUUUGUCCCACGCCCGCUUGAUAUACUAUAAACAAAUGAAGAAGAGCGGCUCACCAAAACAACAAAGACACGUCCUCUGAGAGACACUUGUUUUUAUCCUUACUGCUUUCCAGAUUUUUGAGAAAAUAAAAAACAUGACCAAGUCUACACCCCCCCCAUCCAUCAUUGGUGCAUGUGUGGGCCCACUCGGGAGGACCCGCUCCCAAACUGGAAUGUGCAUUCUUGACAUUCUCAACCGAUCAACACUUUUCAUAUUCUUGGCCAAGCUGUAAAAGCUUGCCAAGAAGUUGAUGUAUUGCUUUGUUAUUCUGGUUUUACAAAAAAGCAAAGAAAGCUCUGUGUAAGACGACAUUUUGGUCACAUCAUCUGAACUACAGAUUUAUACGUGAACAUUUUCUUAUGUUUCUUGUCUCGACUAUAUAUUUUUGGGCUACCUUUUUCCCUUUACAGCAAUUCAAGCAAACACGUCACUGUGAAUAAUAAAAACAAGGAUGGUAUUAGUUUUUUUGGUGGCUAAUGUUUUAAAAUAUGUUGCUUCCUGUCAAGCCUGUAGCAUUACAGAACAUCAAAGUCAUCUGCUUCUCCUUCAAAGUCUGGCGGAUUGAAUAAAAGUUUACACAAUUGUGAAUUACACAAAAUAUAUCAUAUUGAUAUUUCACAUUGCUACAGUUGUGUUGAUGAGUCCUGUUUAAAGCUGUGUGCUCAGAUUACUGCAGUUAUUUCUUAUUUCUUUUGUGUGCACAAGGCGAAAGUAUUAAUAUCAAUAUCAAGUUUAUUGUGUUCUGUAUGAGACAUUUAGGAUCACAUAUUGUUAGCGCUUAUUGUCCAAGUCCAAGUUUAUGAUACAAUAUCCAAGGCCUGACUGCCAAAACUGGGAUGUUUUUAUUACUGUAUUUUAUAUAUCCCACUCACGAGAAUAAAUAAAAGUAAGAAUUUCUAUUAUUAUAGUAUGCUUCCUAGAGCAAAUGUUACUAUGUUUUUAAUAAUUUUGUACAGCAAGUUAGCAUCUGAAUACAAUCGUUUAAGUUUACUACAUGUUCAAAUCCAUGUUUCAAGGUGGAUGUGGAAAGAUUAUUGUGGGAACAAAUUAAACAUACUUACCCAAAC